AUGCCCGAAGGUACCGUCACUGGCCUCGUACAAAUACUGCUCGAUCACGGUGCACUCGUUAAUCUCCGCGACCAGGAAGGUAACACCACGCUCCAUUAUGCGGUUAAUGCCGAGCUUCCUGACGUCGUGCAGCAGCUGAUCAAGGCUGGUGUUGACUUAGAUGCGAGGAAUAUAGAGGGAAAGACGGGCUCAGAUAUCGCAAUCAACCACUACAAAAUGUUGCGCUACUUGCGAGAAGGCAACUCUUACUCCACUACUCAGAAGAUGAUGGUCCGAUUUUUCGACGCGAGUGCCAGGCGGAUGGGAAGGGUCAAGAAGUCAUUACCCGAAAUUCCAGAGUAA